AUGGACGCAAUUCAAAAGACCCUCGUCGAUCCCCUUCAGCCCUAUCUGCGCCCUGUCGUCUCUGCUCUCCCGAAACCUGUCCACGAUGCCAUCAUUUCGCUAGUUGGCUCCAGCUGCCACAACACGCUUCUCGUCAACCUUGAUCUUGCUCAAGACCCUGAAUGCACGUCUCUUGCGAUCUCCAAAGCCCUUGGUAUUGGCAUUGUUGGUGCCAGUGGCAUUGUGAAGGUUCCCCAGAUUCUGAAGUUGAUCCGUUCGCGAUCCUCUGCUGGUGUGUCCUUUGUGUCUUACGCUUUGGAAACCGCCAGCCUUUUGAUCACCCUUUCCUACGGAGUUCGCAAUCAGUUCCCUUUUAGCACCUAUGGUGAAUCUGCAUUUAUCGCCGCGCAAGAUGUUAUGGUUGGAGUAUUGGUCUUGACAUACGCUGGUCGAACGGCCGCCGCAGCUGCCUUUGUUGCAGUCGUUGCCGCCAGUAUCUACGCACUGCUGGUUGACACUUCUCUUGUCGACGGACAGACAAUGGCGUACCUGCAAGCUGGCGCCGGAGCUUUAGGUGUGGCCAGCAAGGUACCGCAGAUCCUCACCAUCUGGCAAGAAGGAGGAACUGGACAGCUCAGUGCUUUCGCGGUUUUCAACUACCUUGCAGGCUCCUUGUCCCGUAUUUAUACCACCCUCCAAGAAGUCGACGAUAAGCUUAUCCUAUACGGGUUCCUCGCCGGUUUCUCACUCAACCUCGUCCUCGCGGCCCAGAUGUUGUACUACUGGAACAGUCCGGUGCAGCCCAAGAAACAGAAGAAGCAGCAGCCGCUGCAGCAAUUUAAGGCGAAGCAGGUGCGCGAGCCGAAAGCAACCCCGGCCGUCACCAGGAGCACAGGCGCUUCUCCGUCCCCGAAGCCGUCCGGAAGAACGCCCACCACUCGCCGCCGCGGUUAA